GCCUAAAAAAACAUUAAUACCAAUGGGAAUAAGAAUCAAUCGUCAAUUUUAAAGAAGGAGCAAUAAAUUUGUUAAAAGAAGAGAGUAAUCAAUCACCAACCUGCUCAAUCAAAUGGUUUGCGUAGCUUGCUUGUUGCCUUUGUUCUUGAUCCCCAUCGUCAACGCACUGCCUCUGCUCUUCUAUUAUUUCAAGGCCAAAGUUUAUGCGCUGUUUGGAUGGGAAUACAGGAAACCAGAGAGGGUUCCUCCAGCUUGUCCAUAUAAACCCUCUGCUAAAAAUAACAGCUCUCUCACACAGGCAGGGGCAGAAGGUGAACCUGGAUCAAAGAUGUCUGUUUCAGGAUCAGUUGAAGUAAUAGAUGGUAAGCAGGACUGACACUCGAGUUAUUGUGCGGGAAUGAACAUCAAAUAUGGACACAUCAAAGCUUCUCAAGAUAAAAAAAGAAUGUCGAGUUAUGGUUCAGUGUUAAAUGUAAAGGAAUGCUGAUGCUUAUAGAAUGGUUUCUUUAUUGAUUAUUUCUUCUUUUGUUUGUUGAAGACAAUGAUUCUGUAUUUGAAUAGACAUUGAUGUGAGGAAUUGUUGAAAUACUUGCAUUC